ACAAUAUAUAAACGUUCAGGGGUAAGCGAUACCCAAACUGAGUUUGAGUAUAGCCUUGAUGAUGACAGCACGACCAGCUGUCGAAAGCGCUCGCAUAUAAUUAAAUAGGAGUUAUAAAGCUUCAAAUCCUUUUUGUAACAAAUAUUAAUGCAUAUUUAUGGUAUGUAUAUGUAUGUAUUCCUUUCUUUUGGCAACCAAGUGUUGUCCAUUUUAAUUGUAUGAUUUCCUAUAUUGCAAUAUCUCACAGUCCUGGAUUCUUUGAUGGUUCAAUAAAUCUUGAUGUCGUCUGCAUAUAGUAAAAAGUUGGAAUGUUCGAAUCCUUCAACAAUAUUGUUAAUAUAGAUUAUUAAGAAUAAUGGUCCCAAGUGACUCCCCUGUGGCACACCUGAAUGUAACCGCAAAAGGUUCUGAUUGGUAACCGUUAACAUCCACAACUUGAUACCUUCCUGUAGUAUAUCACAAUAUUCACACCAGAAGAUGCUUGCUGAUCUAUGCCGAUCUCCGCAAAUCUUUCAAUGAUCAGGUUUGCCAUGGUCCGCGAUUAUGUUAGAACAACCAACAGAGGUGAUUAUUCGAGAGAAUCGCUAGAAGAACCGGUUGGGGAUAUUAAAGGCGAACGUAUUAAUGCUUAUGAAGCUAGCAAGCAAUAUGGUAUAGGUACCAUUAAACACAAUAAUGGACCAUAUAAAGGGAAGACGUGGGGUCGAAUCAAAAUCCUUUUCCGUCCCUUCAAGGACGGAACCCCCGGUGAAGAUUGGUGUCUUGGGAUCGCCAAAAGAAAUAAUUUGUCGAUAAAGAAGCCACAAAAGUACGAUAAAGUAGCCCGCAAAAGAAAUAGUAAUCCAUUCAUAAUUGACACAUACUUCACAUUGUUGGAAAAUACAAUCAAAGAGUUAGGGUUUGAAAACGAACUAUUAGCGCUCCUGGCAGUGAAAAAAUAUCUGUGUUAAUUGCUGCUUCUGCUACUGAAGACAUUGUUCCGUCAUUAAUAAUUUUCGAAGGCAAAAAUAUUUGAGACCAGUGGCAGUAUAAGUACAUACUUAGUUUAUUUUG